CGUUUUUAGAUACAGAUGAACUAAAAAUGGCUUUACGGGCCCGAAGAGUUUCCGGAGCUUUCGAGAAACGAGGCCCAGGAAAGGGAAAAAUCCCACCCCGCUAAGCUCGCUUCGCUCGCCUUAUUUUAUUUUUUUCGCGCUCGUCGGGAGCCUGUUCACAGACGGUGCCAGUUCUCCCAGAUGAUCCAGGAGCCUCGAUCGAUCCUGGAUACAGAUCGAAUCUCCCGGUCUCCCGUACGGGUCACAACUUUUAUUUUGGCCAAUAAUUGUGAUUUUCGGUGGGGAAAUGUGUGGAAUGUACUUCAAUGCAUUUCUGUGGUUGAAUAAACGCUUUUAGGGUUGAGAAAGCAGAAUUCGCGAUGUACUUACUUCUAUUUGCGUGACGCGUGAUUGUACCCAGGAGCUUGGGUGUCCUUCAUUGGUGGCCACUAGUAUCACGUGAUUUUGUAGCAGUCUCGCUAAUCGUGCCCUCAGCAUAUGAGAUCAACAAAAAAGCAGGGAAAUUAUUUUCUCAUGGAACACAUAGUAGGCUGGCAUAUUUUUGGUCUGGUGUUGGUGGCUUUGGCAGGACAAAUAACAUUUGCUCAGAAUUGUUCGACCGGGAACGACUCAUGGCUGGUUACUGCAUCAGGAUCUUACAACACAACUAUUACAAGUCCCAAUUAUCCCCUGGGUUAUUCUAACAACAUGGAAUGCACAUGGCAGGUUGAAAUUGAAAACAAACUCAACUAUCCGCUCGGUGGUUACGUACUAAAGGUAUUAUUCAAUGACUUUGAGUUGCAACAAGAUCAAGCCCUUUCAUUGACUCGCUGCCCAUUUGAUAACCUAACAUUUUAUGAUGGACAUUCGGAAUCGUCUCUCUUUCUUGGAUCAUUCUGUGGUACAGUCCACCCUGAAGUUAUUUAUUCCACGGGAAAUAACUUGUCAGUCAAGUUCCACACAGACAGCGAGAUGACUUUCAGAGGGUUCAACAUUAGUGUUUCGGUGGUUAAAGCAGAGGAAGCCGCUGGGAUAUGUCGUUACCCAUAUAACAAUUUUAUUGACAUGGAGGCGGUGUUCGGCAAAUAUUCUGGAACAAUUUUCUCCCCCGAUUAUCCUGUCCCUUAUCCAGAUGAUGCAUCAUGUGUCUGGAGACUCAUCGCUCCUGGUGAUAAAGAAAUCAAGUUAACGUUUGCAGAUAUCGAACUUAGAGGAAGUUCCAGAAAUGAUGUUAACGAUAAUUGCAUGACGAAUUAUACGUAUAUGGACCAUGUUGAAAUAGGUGAUGGUUUUCGGCCAUUCCAUGGCGGCAUUUAUUGUGAAAACCAGACGGCCUCUGAGGUUUAUUCUACCGACGGUACCAUGUAUGUUACGUUUAGUGCCGUCCCCGUUGGCGUGCGAGGAAAAAGAGGUUUCAAAGCACAUUUUGAAGCUGUCGACUUGUCAGUUUUCGAUGAGGAGUUGUGUCUCCCACGAAACGACAACAAUCUAAACCUGAAGCUAACUGGCUCACACGGAACUCUACAUAGCCCAGUGGAAUACCACAUCCCAGGGCUUAAGUGUGAAUGGCUUAUCACUGUACCAGAGGGGAAAAUUGUGGAACUCAGCUUUGACAGAUUUAGAUUGCCUCCUAAACACCCAUCGUUGGAAUGCUUCUACAAUUCUCUUCAGGUUUUUGAUGGGAAGUACAACGGUGAGCCGUUAGGAACUUACUGUGAUGAUAUAGUUCCAGAGCCUUUGAAGUCAAGCGGUCGGUACAUGCGGGUUCGUUUCACAUCGAAUACUGAAUACCGGGCACAAUACCCGGGUUUUAAAGCCACAUUCAAUGCUGUGAAUAAACGAAAUGUUUUGGCGAUAAUUCUUGGCACCGUUUGCGGUGUGAUAUUCUUGGUGAUUGUAGUGGCUUGCAUUGGUUUUUGUCGCGCAAAUCGAAAGAAGGCGCGCAACACUGAAGCAGGUGUUGGAAUUCCAAUGUCGACAGUUACAACUUCAGCAUCUCGUACCGCACAGCCUGGAGAGGUUCAGGAUUUGCUUCUACCGGCAGGAAACCCCGACCCGGAUCCACCCCCACCAGUGGGUUAUACUCCAGACUCAACAAACCCAGCAGUAUCAUCUCCUGGAGAAGAAAAUGUCCCACUGUACCCCACCUCCGAGUGAAUUAUAUCCAUAGCAACAGAGUAGUAACAGUGCUUAAACAAUUCCUGAGAGUCGGUAGACUGUGGGUAGACACCUUCAGCGUAACAGCGGGACUUUGUUGUUACGCCUCGGUUUUUGCGAGUGAUGUAAUUUUUCCAGCUGUCUGAUUAAUUCUAGAGACUGUCACGAAGAUGAAGGGCAAGAUGCUGUUGUGAUCUUGGCUAGUAGUUCUAACCGUGAUUUCAGCUAAAUCUCGCAAUUACUCGACUUGUUAAGUUCUAAGUAGCAUUCGAUUAUGAAGACGUCCUUCUUUUGGCCCCAAGUACAGAUUCCCGUGUAGUAUCUCUAGUACAACAACGACAACGAGAACUUUAUUUACACUGCAAAUAAUGCUCAACACAACUAUCAGUAUGCCUGUUGCCGAAAGUAGUAUUGACGAGCUAUUCGAGCCGGAGGCAAGGCAAAUCAUUAAAUUAAUGGAUAAUUAAUAAUUAUAUUACAUUAUAUUAUAUUAUGUUAUAUUACAUUACAUUACAUUAUAAUAUAUUAUAUUAUAUUAUAUUAUAAAUUAGCUAGUUAGCUUAUUGUAUAAUUUGAGAAGAAUUUAGAUUAUUGGAUCUACACGGCCCUGUGAGGGAACACUGUAAUGUUCUGUGGUAUGGAUUCCGUGGAUAAUUCAAGAUUUUAUUUUCAUAUUACUUUAUUAUUACAUCAGUGUCAAAGAAUAGAAACAGCGCUAUUUUUCGUCCGUCGUGUGGCAAGGUUUACGUGGCCUAAGAACUCAAGAACACUUGCUGCUUUAGCCACUGGACGCAUAUUAUGAUAACCAGUCUUAUUCAUGCUAUUUUUUAACAUUAAAAUUAAAAGUUCGACAAACCAAUGUUAUGUGUGACAGAACUUCUGACUGGCAAUGGAAGACUGAAAGAACUGCUACUUUCAGGGCUUAUUAUAAUCACAUUAAAAGACAUUUAGAGAUCAUUAAUUGUUUCCUCCAGGGAUGCCCACAAAUUGAACUGCGAAACUGCUACAGAAAUGGCUACGUCUUGACUAAAGCUGGAAGCUGUCAAGAGGUCACCCUCUCCUCCAACUGGUUUCCACAAGACCAUACGUGGGUCGAUUACAGAGGGUUCCUAAUAGGUUUGGCGGAAUGCGGGAUUUGGCUUUUUUUCGCGGUGAUAUUUGGGAUUUGAGCAGAAAACAGGGGCGGGAAGCGG